AUGAUAUUGGAAGCAAGAGAAAAAGCUCAUUUGAAUUUAGUAAAACAAGCAAAGAGAAUGAAAACAGCAAGCGAUCAAUCUCAUCCACCACUGAAAGUUGGAGACAAUGUCACCAUACCAAUCCCAGACGUAGACAAAGGAAAGGCAGAGCUUCGUAAUUUAAUUGGAGUUGUAUUAGAAGUUACUUGUGAGCAGUUAUACAGGAUUGGGACAAAGAGUGGGAUUUUGGAGAAAUUUUACUGCAGAUCCGAAUUUGAUGGCUGCAAAGAAAAAUUUAUCCGGCAGGAUGAGGUGCCCAACGUAACAAUUACAUUACGAACAGCUGCAAAGAACGCUGCUAUCGGAACAGGACAAGGUUUUGCACGAUGUGUAUGUUCUACAGGCUGUAAAAACAAUAAAUAUUUAUGCAAGAAGAAAAGAUUGGUGUGUAAUUCAAAGUGCCAUAAUAGUUUGAGUUGCAUGAAUAAAUAA